GCUGCUCAUCACCACUUGGCGACACCAUACCACCAAUACUUCUCUCCGCCGACGCGGACAGCCCAAGGGUGUUCAUGUUCACCCAAAAUGCUGCACACCACCAGGACGCUACGAUCUCCACCUCUCUGACUGUCUCCGUGUCCGAUAGUGUCGACCUGGACAUUGUUGACGAAAUUGUCUCGAGAGCCCGCGACGCAACGUCGUUCGCGCAAGUCCAUGAUGCUUACACCCUCGUCCUAGAAUCCAACGGGAUCCGCCCAUCUAGCGACAAGUCGUAUUAUCAGUUCCUGCUUAAGCUGGGCAUGAUCCGAGCGCGAACAUGGGGCGAGCGAUGGGAUGUGUGGCGCGCCAACAACGGGAUCGACCUUGCCCCGCCUCCCUUAAGCCCGAAGCCGCAUCCGCUGCGCGCUCGUGUCCCGUUCCUCGCGAGCGCGAGCUCCGACUUGGACGAAGGCUUCGGCGCAGAGUCGGAGCAGGGAAGCGAAGUCGCUGCGACGGGUCGCGAGAGCCCAAGGAAGGUGAUGCACCGCUCACUUGUCGGGUUCUUGCCCUCUGAAGCGGGAAGCGACGUGAUGCCACCGCCGAGAACGUCUACGCCGGUCGCUGCGCAGUUUAGCGCGUAUCAUGAGCGCACCAAUGGUCUAAGCACUCCACCGCCCCCAAUAUACGGUGAGAGCGAGACAUCGCAGAUGACACCCCGCUCGCCAAUGGGCGGGCUGACGCCGCGCGCUCGCAACCGCUUCAUGCCCCACAAGCAGAUCAUUUACGACGUGCCGGACAUCGAUCCCACUGUCGUGCGGCAGAUGGAGGCACAAGCAGACGCGUGGUACCGCAUCACGCUGCUAGGGCGGUGCUACGAAUGGUGGUUCAAAGCUGCCGAGCGCAUUUUCCGCAUUAAUGUGCAGAUCGACAGCGUCCGCGCCACCAUCGAUCUUCGUAAGGCGCUGCAGAAGUGGCAAGCCGCGACACAAGUCCGACUGGAACAGCCCGGCACUGCUGACGCACACUACGCCGCCCACCUACAGGGCCAGGUGGUUGCGCAAUGGCUGGCCCGGCUUAAAGAGCGCCGCGUUGAGUCGAGGGGUGCUUAUCUGGCACAGUCGAAGGAGCGCAAGUUGUUGCACGUUUCAUGGAUCUCAUGGCGAACACGCCUGGUCACGCGCACCACGAAGCGAUGGGAGAAGGACAUUCGCGAGCGAGAAAGGACAUUUGUCCAGCUUCGUGAAUCGCGCCUUGCCGCUCAAAUGUUCGAUACAUGGCGUGACGCGACGCGGGAACACAUUGCGGACCGGCGCGCUGUCCAGAUGGCCCUGGCGCGUACUAUGCGCAAAUGGCACACGCAGACUGUCAAGUUGCGUAGCUUGGAUCGCAGGGUGACGGACUGGGAGCGCCAGCACGGCACUGCCACUUUGGCCAACUCUUUCCGGUUGUGGAGGAAGAAGUCCGUUUUAGGUCCUGCAGAGGACCAGAUCACCACGCACCGAAACGGUGUCGUCCUGGCACGGGCAUGGUCGCAGUGGCAGCAGAAAGCGACACGUCAACGUCUAGCGCAAGCUUUGGAUGAGAGCCGCCUCAUCAAACUGACCAUGUCUCGGAUGAAGAAGUCAUGCCGCAAAGCGCGUUUGCGCAACCGCAAGGCUCUAAUGUUCGCUGAUCGCCGUGAUGACGAGUUGAUGCGCUCGAUGUUGACGUCGUGGGUGCGUGAGGAGCGCAGCAAUCUACUCCAGCGCGUCACUGAGAGUCGUCGCGUUCGUUCAUCCCUCAAUACGUGGAAAGCAAAGCUGCACAAAGUGCACAAGCUUGACGAACUUCUGCCCCUGUUCGCAACAACGUCGAACGUCCGUGUCCUCCACACAGCACUGAGCCGAUGGCGUGAUGUAACCGGCCAAAGGCGCAACGCUGCUCUUAAGGCCGACCUCAUGUUUGAGGCACGUACCAAGGCCGCCUCGCUGAUUAAAUGGACGACUGCGACAGUACAAUCUGCGGAGAAGGUUGCGACGGCGGACAAAGCGCACGCAUUCUUUAUGCUUCGCUCUGUGUUCAAACAGUGGAAUGCGAAGCGAUCCCAAGCCGUCAUAAAGCGCAGAGUCAUGGAGAUGGACGACCGCCGGCGAAAGAGAACCCUAAAGGGAGCUCUCACAGCUUGGCACAAUGCCACUGUGCAGAGCAUUGGGGACCGCGCGACGGUUGCCCAAUUCCAAGCCAAGCAGGAGAGGACCGUCCUCGAACGCUCCUUGAACCUCUGGACCAUGCGCGUAGUAGAGAUCAAGGCGCGCGAGCUUGAGAUAGCCGACCAGCGGGACAUCAACAUCCUCAAGAGCACGUUCAAGCGCUGGAGGGCGGCAAGGAAACGCCAGACUGAUCUUGAGGCUCUGAUGGAGAGUGUCAUUGACGUGAAGCGCGAGCAAACUCUUCGGCGAUCCAUGGCGCGCUGGUCCUUCCGCACGCACCGGGCCCAGGACUUGCGCCAUCGCGCUGAUAUUUUACAGGCCGAGCAUAACCAAAGACUGCUUCUCGAGGCCUUCGGGGCGUGGUACGACAAGCGCCGUGAGCGCGAGCUUCGGCCAGCCGAAGAGGAGGCGCAGCUUCGGCACGAGGACACAUUGAUGUUCUCAGUUUUCGAUAAGUGGACGGCCAAGUCACGCAAUCUGGUCGCGGUGCAGUUCGACCAGCGACGGGUGCGGGCUGCUGUCAUCCCUCGUUGGCAGCGGGCGCUGGAUAGACAUCGCCAGCUCAAGCGUGUCGGAGAGGAGCACGACCGGCGGCUUUUGGUCGAUGCGCUGACAGUGUGGAAGUCUGCGUAUCGUGCUAAGAUGGCCAAAAAGCCGUACCGCGCUCGCCGGCGCCUCCAAGGGUCUUCAUACGACGAGUCACAACUCUACGGUCGGCGCUCGGGGCGAGACGAGCCGGGACGGCAUGGCUCACGGUCGCCAGGAUUACCAGAUGUCGAGCGCGUACGUGAGCGGAGCAAGGCCAAAGGGCGCCCAUCUUUGCCCAAUCUCACACGCGCCCCAGCUCCCCGUCGCUCUAUGGCCCGUGAGGCCUCACCUGCCCGAGCCCCGGCCUCCGUCUCUAGCGAGCCGACGUACAGUCGAUUGAGGAGUGAACUUCACCCUCGGUCAGAAAGAGAACCUGGGGCAGAUGUGGCCAGUGAAGGCCGAAGGCCGAGUGCGUCGUCGCGCAUCACCAGUAGCUCGUCGCGUGCCUCAUUGGAGAAAGGAGAGAAAGAGAACAGCCCAGGCAUGUCGGAGCUGGUGCGUGCACUGCGUGGCCGAGUGUAGCCCGAGGUGUUUUCUGAAGGACCUGCAUGCAUGGUGCGGAAAGGAUGAAUGCCGAGGGCCGAGGCCGAGGGCCGAGUAUCUUAAGAGCCCAACAAUCUCCGGCAAAUCUGAGCUCCUCUAUCCCGGCCACAAGCUGAGCAAAGGGCGGCGCACUGUCAACGUCUGUAGAGUUCCGCACCACUGCGCACCGCACAGGGUGCUCACAAGAUGAGCAUGCAUAGUGUGAUUGCCGUGAAUGAAUGCGAU